GGGAAUAAAAUCAGCAGUGUUGAUAUUACAAAAUGACAAAACAUCCUCCGAAUAGAAGAGGGAUCAACUUUGAGGUGGGAGCCCAGUUGGAAGCCCGUGACAGAUUAAAAAACUGGUAUCCAGCUCACAUUGAAGAAAUUGAUUAUGAAGAAGGAAAAGUACUUAUCCAUUUCAAACGCUGGAACCAUAGAUACGAUGAAUGGUUUUGUUGGGACAGUCCUUAUUUGCGUCCCUUAGAGAAAAUACAGUUAAGAAAAGAAGGAUUACAUGAGGAAGAAGGUUGUGCAGGAUUUCAUAUAAAUGAUCAGGUAUUGGCAUGCUGGUCUGACUGUCGCUUCUAUCCGGCCAAAGUUACUGCUGUUAACAAGGAUGGUACAUACACUGUGAAAUUUUAUGAUGGUGUAGUUCAGACUGUCAAAAACAUUCAUGUCAAAGCUUUUUCCAACGAUCAGAAUAUUGUGGGUAAUGCUAAGCCUAAGGAAAGAGGUAAUGAAAUUCUGUCAUCUCCUGAAAAGCGAGAGAAAUUUAAAGAACAGAGGAAAGCAACAGGUAAUGCAAAGAAAGACAAGGAUGAAAAGACAUUGAAGACUGAGAAAAGAGUUAGGCAACCUGAUAAAGAAGGAAAAUUGAUAGUCAUCUCAGAAAAAGGCAAGGUCUCAGAAAAGAAUAUAUCUAAGAAUGGAAAAGAAGAUAAAGAGAAUAUAUCAGAGAAUGAUAUGGAAUAUUCAGUAGAUAAACAAAUUGAGAAGAAGCCUGAGAAUGACAAUGUAAAGAGUUCACAGGAAAACACAAAAGAAACCAAACGAAAACGUGGAAGACCACCGAUUACGCCUCCAACAGAGCCAAGUUCUCAGACACUGCAGCCCAUAACUUUGGAGUUAAGACGUCGGAAAAUACCUAAGGGAGGUGAAGUUCCAUCAAAGCGUCCCAGGAUUGAAAAAAACUUGUCUCAGGAAAAAUUGAAGAACUCUUCGGAGAACCCUGAAAGAGACCAGAUCAGGAGACGAUCUUCAAGACUCUCGUCUAGUAUUAGCCAUGAGAUUGUAAAUACAGAUCAUGUCACAACUUCAACGGAAAGUCAGCCUUUGAAAGAUGCAGUAUCUAACCAAAAGGAACCUGAGCAGGUCCAGUUAGAAAUUCCUGUUGAAUCUGACCAAAGUUUCAGUGAAGAAGGAUCUCCUGGAAACACAUCACAUAGCACAGCACUUGGUACGGAUGCCAGUUUACAGGACGAAAAAGUUGAAGACACUGGGUCAUCAUCUGUUACUGUCAGGACUCAAGAACCUUCUACUGCUACAGUAACAAAACCUUGUAGGAGAGCAGAUUUUCUUACAUCAAAAAAAGCUGCAACUGUUGAUCAAGAUCCCAAGUUUAGAUGCAAGUUCUCGGACUGUUCAAAAUCCUUCCGCAAAGCCAAGUUAUUGCAUUAUCACAUGAAAUACUUUCAUGGAGUGGAGAAGGCUGCAGAAUCACAGCAGAACCCUGUAAAAAGAAAUAUUCAAACCAGAGCUUCUUUGGCUUCUGAAAAAGCUAAUCAAGAAAGGUCAAAGAGAGGACGGGCCACAGCUGGUUCACUGUAUGCUCCUCUACACAUAGCCCUAAGGAGUACCCCAUAUAGAGAUGAAAAAAUAGAAAAGAGAAGAACUUCAACUCCUGUAAGUGCAUUCAGUAGUCACCGGCGUUCGGUUAGAGAACAAACCAAGAACCACAUAGUGAGAUCGCUGCGGAAGCCUCAAGAAAAAGAGAGAGUUGAAAAUG